UCCGCCAUGGCCGAUGUGGAGGACGGGGACGAGCCCGGCGCCCCCCACACGCACGCGGCCUCGGCGGGCUCCAAGGCGGGCGGCGCCGACAAGAUGUUCUCGCUGAAAAAGUGGAACGCGGUGGCCAUGUGGAGCUGGGACGUGGAGUGCGACACCUGCGCCAUUUGCCGCGUGCAGGUUAUGGAUGCCUGUCUUAGAUGUCAAGCUGAAAACAAACAAGAAGAUUGUGUUGUGGUCUGGGGAGAAUGCAAUCAUUCCUUCCACAAUUGCUGCAUGUCCUUGUGGGUGAAACAGAAUAAUCGCUGUCCCCUCUGCCAGCAGGACUGGGUAGUCCAGAGAAUAGGCAAAUAAAAACACUGGAAUAUUUUUCUUUUUCUGUUGAACUUGUUGAAAUAGUGUAUGUCUUAUGCCAUAUGUUCGUACAAAAGAAUGAAACAGGCCAGUCAUGGCACAGUUUGUUUGGUUUAUCUGCCACAAUAAUGGAGUGGUUUUGUUGUGCGCUCUUUGCUGUAUUAGGAGGCAGUGGUCAGUUUCACUGCAGAUCUUUCCACAACUGAAAAGAGACACUAUGUUAAAAAUGUGUGUAUUACAAUUUGAGUGAUAACUGUAUCAACAUAGAAAUACAUUUGUAUAAAUUUUACCCAGAUAUAGUUUAAUGUAUUUGGUUAGAGAAGUGAAUGAAUUGAAAGGGGAGACUGUUUGAAAGUCUGAUACACUGUAUUGCUCAUCAUUAGAAAAAAAAAAGUUGUCUAAAUGAUACUGCCUACGAAACCAGAGUCACUGAGGUUUGUCAGAAAGUAUUUUGUUAAUCUAAAGUAAAAGAUGUGUGAAAUAUUUAUUACUUGCUUUUUCCAUCAGACUAUACGAUGCAUUUCUCAUUUAGGUUUUCUUUAAGACUUAAGAAAAUUAUGUUUUGCUGUAUUUCAAAAUCUGUUGUUUAAUAUUCUAUACAUAAUUUUUACAACCGUAAUGUUAAACCACAUUAAUUUUUUUUUUAAUUUAUAUUUCUAUUAAAGGUCAUGGAAACAUGCUCUUUUAAUCCAGAGACUUCUGGUGCAGGGACACAUCUUUGAUAUCAGAUACGCCACUAAUUAGUGAUGUAAACAAUUUUGAUGGUUAGUUGACUAAUACAGAAAGCAAGCAACACUGUUAACUUAGAUAUCUGAAGGAAAGCAGGUACUUACUAACUUUAGCAAAAUAUGUUAUAAUAAAUUUAUCAAAAGUCUCUUACACAAAUUUCUUUAUCAUUUUAUCAGAUAAAAUGCAUGUUUUUGGGGGUAGGAGAAUGCAUUGUUUCAUUGUUAUGAAAAUCUUCAAAAUACCAUUUUUUUGGUUUGAUCAGGCCUGUGGUUUUCAUUACGUUUGUUUAAUAGCUUGCCUCUCACUUUCUGUUUAUCUUUUCCCUAAAUAUCCAAAGUAAAUACAGUUAAUGUCAGCAUAUACUGAGAGAAUGAAUUUUUAAUUUAAUCUGAACAUACAGUGUGGGUAUUUUUAUAAAUAAUAGAUUGAUGUUAUGUCUGAAAUGAAUUCAGAUUCAAUAAAAUAGUAAAUAAACCUGGGCA